AUGACCAGUUUUGAUCCUCACUCUACCAAGUUACCUGCUAAUGCUUCAGCUGAUUCGAAUGGUGCUUGUCCUCAUUGUCAUCAAACAAUGAAGAAGAGUGCAACUUCCAAUGAUGGUUUUCAAACUACUUUAGACAAGUUAUUUCCUAAUGCAUAUGGACUGGAAGAAUUUGUCUUUGAAACAAAACAAACAUUAGUUCCCAAAGGCUUCUAUCCUCAUGUCAACACUUUGGUUUGUGUUGGUUUAUGUCGUGACGAGAUAACAAGUCCUUUCGAAGAAGAAAUCGAAGCUAUGUGGGGUCAAGCAUUCAUUUGUGGUUCUCUUGGUGGUAUGCUAUUUUGUGGUGAAACUGGCUUUGCUGCUGCUCAUCAUCAUGCACCUAGUAAUGGUUUCUUCGUUUAUUAUUGUUUUACUCAUAUUGCCAUCGAUCAUGAAGGAAAUGUUGGUGCUGUUUAUAGAACACGCAGUGGUAUGAAUGAAAAGACAACAGCAUGUGGUGCACUUGCUGCAUUUACUAGUGAAAUUGCAUCGAAUAAACUAAAUCUCACCUUUAAUGAAGAUGACAUUGAAAUGAGUAUGUUAAAGAAGCAUAUAGUUAAGAAGACUAAUCUUUCGACUGAUCCUGCAAAGGCUCCAAAUCUCUUCGAAGUUACUAUGGCUGCUUAUGAAACAAUUACAAUGGAUUUAGAAAGACAUGUGAAACACGAUGCAGAAAAGUUUAAAGAUCGUCAGUAUGCUUUAUUUACUGGUGUUCAAAUACAUGGACCAAAUGGAACAGAUUAUUGUUGGUUGGGAAAAGCCAGUUUACUGAUCAAAGGAGAGCUUUCACCACUUGUUCUUUCGGCAAAUCCUACUUCACAAGUACAAACUGGAUCAACAACGAAGUCACACUGA